UUGACAACGCGCGCUGUUCCUUUGAUACCGUACCUGAUUCAAAAUUUCCAUUUUCGAAACUUCGUGGUUUUGUCACUAUUUUCCAGCACGUUUUCUGAAAAUUCCAUCAACUUUUUCGAAUAAAACAUCUAGCAGGCUUCAGAGAAGAGUCUAGCAUGGAUUGCGAUUCGGGAAUGAUCGCGGAGCAAUCAGAAAUCCAAGAAGAUUCAACGAAACAAGCGGCAGAACUGACUGUUGUCUCGAGCGUCAGUGAAGUGGACCAAGAGAAUGUGAAAAAUACACUCCACGUGAUUGAGAACAAGGUCGAAGAACCGGAAUCAGCUGUUGUUGACGAAGUGGAGGUUCCGAUUGAAAAAAUCAUAGAUUGUCUUGGAGUUGAAGCCAGAGAAGAUAAUGGAAAAGUAGAGGAUAAUGUUUUUGAAAGCCAAGAUGAAGCGGCGGGGUUGGAUGCGGUCAAGGAUACAGAUAAAAAGGAUGAAGCGGCAACGAUGGAAGCGGUCAAGCAUACAGAUAAAGAAGUCAAAGUAAAAAACCGUACUUCAUCUGUGAAAUCUGACAUCAGCCGGAAUUCUGUAAACGAAAAUUCCGAGAAUGAAGUUGAGCCCAUCGUACCUGACGUGUAUACUAUAAUCGAAUGGGAAAAGAAGGGCGAAGACUACAAUGUGCAGCAGGCAAAAUUUGUCAAGACGUACUACAGAAAGUUUGCUUCGGCUCUUCAAUUCAUCGAUCCCGAGUUUCGUUUCUCUGCAGGAAUCGGACCUUGCACAACUUUCGAUUCUGAAGGUGUGACACGCAUCAGAGAAAAGAUGAAUGAAAUCUCUAGUGAUACUCUCUGCCCAUUCGAAGAUGGCUUUCAUGCUUCAGCCGAAGAGUAUCGCACAUUUCUUACUGAAGUUCUCAAACACGCGCGCUUCUGUUUGGGACUGGCAUGCUGUGAGCGUUGCUUCAUUCACAUAGGUCAAUGGCACGAUAGGCGGAACAUCCUCAGCGUAUGGGGACAUGAAAUCGAUCCACUUCUCGAACUGAAGACAAUUAAAGCAAUUUUUGAGGAAAUCAAAGAUUCGUUUACAAAAAGUGAAGGAAUCGAAUCACGACUUCUGGCAGAAGCUCAUAAGAUUUUCGAUUUCAUGUUGCCAGCUCUUGAAGCUUCUGAUACCCAAACCUUGGAAGAAAAUGGAAUUUCUGAUGGUCUUGCCACUAUUCAUGGACGAAAAGAAAUGGGAUUCGAAAUAUCUGAAGCAGAAGUUGAUGAGAUGUUGGAGCAAAGCCUACUUGAUGAAGGAUUUGGCGAGUUCCUGUCGACAGCACUCCACGCUCCAGAACUGUUCAAAACUCCGAAACAUCUGAAGCUAAUUUACGAUCAACUCGAAAAGAUGACAAAGUCGAUUGAUAUUCGUGUGAAAUCAAGAGGUAUUCAGAUGAUAUCUCGAAUUUUCGAGGUUUUGUCUGAAGAAGAAGCAAUGAGCUUGUUUGACGAAUUGCGUGAAAAGCCGAGAAUCUCCAUGGAGAAGAUGUUUGGAGUCAAUUUAGCCACGUAUGAUCUCCCAAGAAACGAUGCGAAGCGAGCUCAAUAUCUCAAAAUUUUCUACACAACACUGGGUGAGAGUAGUCCGAUUGAGAAUUUCGUAUUCCCACUCAAACGAUUGGUCGCAGCAAUUGAAUGCUUUUAUCUCAUUUUCUCAGCAUUUGAGUUCAACACAUUUAUUUUCAAAAUCUUAUCAACAAGAUCGAAGGGUAAUGCACAACUCGACAAGGACCGCUCAAUGUUGAGUACUGCUCUGCUGAUGCUCCCGGAUAAACUUAAAAAGCGACUCGAAAUUGGUCCUGGAAACGAGCCUGCGGGCCCAUUGCCAGUUGUUUCAGAUGUUGAAGAUGCAUCUAGCGCCGAUUCUGGAAAGGAUAACCCAGAGAGCAUGUACUUCCAAGUUGUUUCAACUAUUAGAUUUGGACAGAGAGAUGGAAUCAUGGAUAGAUUGGCCGCAUUUCUUUCAGUCACUUCGAAUACGGGCGAACACAUCAUUUCACUGGAACCAACUUUGCGAUUUGCCAUGAGAUGUGUGGACGCUAAAAAGUAUCAGACGAUGGCUGUUGAUGUGCUCAAAUUUCUUGCUCGCCCACAAAUGAAAAGGAUGAAAUUGCCAAACGAGUUUUUUGAAGAUCUCAUUGUUCUCGUUCUUUCCAAGUAUAACAUUCCAGACUCCACAUAUUCCGAGAAAUUGUAUCAAUUUAUUGAUUACUUUCUGAAUCUCGUGGAAACUCUCAGAAAGGAAAACGGUAUUGUGAUUGACGAGAAGAAAAUUGUUGAUAAAUGGGCGAAUAUGGGCCAUCAUUGGUUUUCCAUCUUUUUCCUUUCUCAUCGUUUCGAUAUUCUCAAAUUCUCGACCACAAUCGCUCAGUUGCCAUGGUCAUCUGCAGACAUUUGGAACGAGGAGAAAAAAGAUCCAUCCGAUGUGACAAGCUAUUUGCACUUGGCAAAACUUCCAACCGCGUGGCCAAACUACUGUAAUCUCGAUGUCAUCGAGAAAACGGUUUCAGAUCACAUUCCACAAGAAGUAGUUCGUACACAGCUCUAUGAAGCAAUGAAAAAGUACGCCGCCGAGAUGCCGAUAGAUGAGAAUUGGAAGAAGAAUCUCCUCAGACAUUUCACAAUUAAGAUCAAAUUUUUGACAUCACACAAAAAAAUUGAUAAGGAAGAGCUGAAGGAAGACACAAAGCAGUCAAAAGAAGAUAGCAAGGUACCUGAGAAGAGCCCAGAAGUACUUCCUGGAGACGCGGAAAAGUGUGAAGAAUCGGAAGAAGUAACCACAAAAGCGUCUUCCGAUGCAAAAGAAGGAGUGAUCGCAGUAGAUGCAGUGGCUGCUGAACCGGAUAUCGUUCAAGAAAAUGCGACUAGCACAGAUGAUGCAAAUAAUGAAGACCAGGAGAAAGCUUCACAGGUCGUUGCCAGCUCUGUAAUCUCUGAAGAAGUGUUGAAAGAAGAAUCAACCGGAGACUGUGUAAAAACUUCGAAAGAUCAUAUGGAUUCAGAAACUGCUGGUAAUUGUUCCGAUUCUGUGAUCAACGAUGAGCCGGUGGAGGCUGAAGACCCCGACAAUGUGAAAGUUGAACGGAAAGAAGAGGACGAGUCAAUUGACGGAGUAUCAUGCGAUAACGAGAAAAUCCCACUGAAACCCUUAGCACAAUGUGGCAAGAACUGUUUGUACGGCUUCUACCCGGACGAUAAGUGGGCUCUUUUGAAUGAGCCAGUAAUCAAUGAAAUUUAUCGGCUACGCGAAAAACACGGCUACUCGAACAAGAUGUAAUCUUCGUGCAAUACUUGUAACAUAUCACAAAUGCAUUCAUCAUCGUGAUGAGUUCAACAGUUUUAUUCAAAAAUUUUGAAAAUGCUCAAGUGACGAACUUUUUUUCUUUUUUUUUUUGUUAAGAUUAUUUCAUUUCCCUUUAAAAUUUUCUCUAUAGAGCUAUAGUAUCGUUGUUCGUGUUUUCUAAUAAACGCUUUAAAGUUUU